CAAACUUAACUUGAACACGUGAGGAUAUAGAUGGCUAAGCGCGAAGACUUCGUUUGCUUGACUUCAAAAAGUACUCCAAAGCACCACGUCCAAAUUCUUAGUGAUUCAUACUGUUCUGCAUCUCUCACGCAGCUUCUUGUAGGUCAUAUUGCUGCACUCUUUGAGAUUUCUUGAAUUUAGCCAGAAGAAAAUAUUGAUAUGGAG